UCGUGACUAAAAACCGAGUCGCAAAAUCCUGGCUAAAAGUCUGGGCCCUGGGCCUUCCUCAGGCAAUAUCAAAACAAAAAACCAAUCAAUUGUAGCUAAUCGAUACCCGGGACAGUUCUAAAACGGCAAAAUGGAACGAAUCAAUUUGGAAAACAUUGAUAUUGCACGUCUGGAGGAGGCUGUUGUCGUAUUCUAUCGCUCAAACUCCCAAGAGCAGGCAAUUACGCACGAAUGGCUUACGGAGGCCGAGGGCAGCCCGCAAGCCUGGCAAUUUUCAUGGCAGCUAAUGCAACUGGGCAAGAGCCAAGAGGUGCAGUUUUUUGGCGCAAUCACCCUGCACGCCAAGCUGAUGAAGCACUGGAAUGAAGUGCCGCCGGAGAAUCGCGAGGAGCUCAAGCAAAAGAUUCUCGAGAAAAUUGUCCAAUUUGCUGGCGGACCAAAGAUUGUCCUCAAUCGCCUGUGCAUUGCACUGGGCGCAUAUAUUGUCCACAUGCUCGAUGAGUGGCCCAAUGCCAUUGAGGAGGUGAUUGAUACCUUUCAGAACCAGCGCAUACCCAAUGUCAAGCCCGACGUCCAGCUCUGGAUUAUGCUGGAGGUGCUGACGGCCAUACCAGAGGAGGCGCAGGUUAUACACACCUCAGUGAAGCGGGUCACGUUGCGAGCGGAGGUCGGCAAGCGGGUUCCGGUCAUUCUGCAGACGAUGGAGGCAUAUCUGAGGCAGCAGAUGAACCGCGUGUGGGAUGCAGAGGCCUACAGCAACAUGAUACGAGCUGUCAAGUGCGUUGGCACUUGGAUCAAGAAUAUUGGCUACUCCCUGGAGGCUUGCGUGACCAUUACGGCUGUCCUUUUGGAGGUGGUCAACAAGUGCUACUGGCCCGCCGUUCAAACUGGCGAUGGCUGCAUGUCCGCCGAUGAGAAUGAGCUGGCCGAGAACUGUCUCAAGUCCAUGGUGAACAUCAUGAUCCAGCCGGAGAGCCACAGCUAUCCGAAGACGGCAUUUGUUCUGCUGCGAAUGUAUCUGGACUCGCUCUGUGAGAUCACAAAAAUGGAGUGGAAGCGGGAUAAUGACAACGAGGACAUCAUCGUCCACAUUUACAUGCUGUUUGUGUCCGCCGUGGAGCGCCACUCCUCGCUGCUGCUGAGCGGCGUCAUCUCGCCGGAUCCGAUUCUACCGAUUACAGUGAAUCGCAUGGUGCAGGAGAUUUUACACUGCACGGACAAGCCGGGCAUCUAUCCGGUUGAGGAAUCCUGCAGCACCAUGGCCCUGGCCUUCUGGUAUAUGCUGCAGGACGAGGUCUUCGCCAUGACAAACGAGGAACACAAGCGCCGAUGCUGGGAGUACAUAAAGCCGCUGUACGCACACUUGACCAGCAUUCUGGUGAGGAAAUCGGAGCAGCCCGAUGAGAAAUCACUGGACAGAUGGAGCUCUGAUGAUCUGGAAUGUUUUCGAUGCUAUAGACAGGAUAUAUCCGAUACCUUUAUGUACUGCUAUGAUGUCUUGCACGAUUACAUAUUGGUGAUCUUGUCGGCGAUGUUGGACGAGGCCAUAGCCGAUAUGCAACGCCAUCCGACGCACUGGACCAAACUGGAGGCCUGCAUCUAUUCGUUUCAAUCGGUGGCCGAGCACUUUACCAACGACACUUCGAGACAAAUUCCAAAUUUGAUGCGUGUCCUGAACGAGAUACCAUACGAGAAAAUGAACGUUAAGCUGCUGGGCACGGCCCUGGAGACAAUUGGUUCCUAUUGCAAUUGGUUAAUGGAGAAUCCCACCUAUAUACCGGCGGCCAUAGAUCUGCUGGUGCGCGGCCUCAACUCGUCCAUGUCGGCCCAGGCCACGCUCGGUCUGAAGGAGCUGUGUCGCGACUGUCAGCUGCAAUUAAAGCCAUACGCCGAGCCGCUGCUCAAUGCGUGCCAUGCGUCGCUCAACGCCGGGCGCAUGAAGAACUCGGACUCGGUGCGGCUGAUGUUUAGCAUUGGCAAAUUGAUGAGCCUCUUGCCGCCCGAUGGUAUACCCAAGUACUUGGACAUAAUAGUCAGUCCAUGCUUUGAGGAGUUGCAGGCCAUUUGCCAAUCCGAUGGAAAAACUCCCACGGCACGGAUUCGCACAAUUUUCCGUCUCAACAUGAUCUCCACUCUGUUUUCUUCAUUGAAUACCGAUUUGAGUGAAGAGGACAAGGAAAUACAGAUUGUCCAGCCCGUUUUGUUGGUCAUGCAAAGAACAAUGCCAAUUUUUAGGCGCAUUGCCGAGAUGUGGGUGGAGGAGCUAGAUGUCUUAGAGGCCGCCUGUAGCGCCAUGAAGCAUGCCAUAAUGAACCUAAGAAGCAGCUUCCGGCCCAUGCUGCAGGAUCUGUGCUACUUUAUUGUGGCCAGCUUCCAGACACGCUGCUGUGCACCAACGCUAGAGAUAUCCAAGACAACUAUUGUCAUGUUUUACAGGGAAGAGGGCUGUAAGCCCUAUAUGCAAGAACUUCUGCGGGAGUUUAUCAAGCACAGCUUCAAGCUAUUUGAGAACACGCCACAGCAGAACUUCUCGAAUAUAUCGGACACCAUGGAGGCCUUCUUUGGCUGCCUGGCUCAGAUUGUGAAGAAAAUACCUCAGGCAUUGGAAGACAAGACACUGGCCUACGAUCGCCUCGUCUACUACGGCCAGCGUUGCAUGACGCUGCCCGAAAGCGGUGCCAUACGCUGCGGCAUACAGUUCAUGACACACUUUACGAUUCAGUCGCGCAACCACGAACACAUCACCGAGGUCGUGUUGAAAACUGGCGAACAGACCGUGUACUUCAUCAUGAUGUGCGUGGGAUAUUUGACGCCACGCUCGCAGGUGGACAAGUUUGCCGAUAUCAUAUUGGCCUUUAACAAAAAGUAUCCUGCGGAGCUGGCCAUCUGGCUAAAGACCGUGAUGUCCGUCCCCCAUUUCCCCACACCGCUAUUAAACGAUGCAGAAAAGUCGCGAUAUGUUUCUUUGAUUAUCAAGGAAAAGGUGAACAAGCGGCUGCUGCAACAGCAUCUGUCGGAGAUGGCCAUCAAGUUGCGCGGACUCACCGAAAAGUUCCAGUAAAUGUGGAAGCCUGAAGCUAUUUAGAGGCCAACCAAAUCGCGCACCUUUGCUUUUCAAAACUGGAUUCUAAAUGUGUUUCUGUCCUGUGUCCCAUGUAUUUAGACUGUAAUUUAGGCGACUCUGUAAAUGUUCCUCGACCUUAAGUUGUUGUUACCGCACCUCCCACACCCGCCACCGCCUUAGUUUUUAACAUCUCCAAAAACUCUCGACAAGACAAACUUUUAUUUAUAAUUUUACAAAAAUUACAUGCUUUCAUUUACAA